CAUCCCUUAGUCAAGUUGGGAACCUAGCAAGACAAAUCCACAAGUUUUGGGAGCCACGCAUGAGAAGUUGCAGACAACGUAGUGUAGUUUUUCUUAGCAAGGACAACCGCAUCACAAAUCCAUCUGCUUAUCCUGUUUACAGCAUUUUUACAAAUUCCAAAUUGCGACUGGAAAAAAUGCCUCUCAUGGAGAUGCGCAUUACAAAUCUUCGUGGAAUUAUCGCAAAUCCGCAUGACAACUGUAGGGUAGGGGACGUUUUUACUCAGGAUAUGACAUUCUGUACGUGCGGCGCAAGUCCCGGGGCUCCAGCCCCAACGCGGCGGCGCAGAUUAGCUACCACAGGGUGGCUAUGCAAGAAAAAAACUGUGUAAGUGAAAAUCUGUGAUGCAGAAAAUGCCAAACAGUUACACUUGUCAUGCUCGACAUGCAUGACUGGCUCGCUUCCUAUGUGUUUUCCCUUUGUAUCUGCGCAUAACAAGUUUGUCCUGUCAUGGCAGACAAACUUGUGAUGCUGUUUUCCCAAAAGACUUACACUUACACAGUUUUUUUCUUGGAUAGUGGUGCACUCCGGGGUCUUGCCGCAGCCCGUGAUGUUGUCGGGGUUGCUGGGAAAGCCGUGGCAGCUCGGCAUGGGAAUGUCCGGACAGUAUAAUCUGAAUCAAACAAGCGGAAAUAAUGGUAGUGCCACAAAUGUAAACGGGUCUUUGCCCGAUAUGGUGGGGCUGUACGUGAGCAACCCACCAAACACGGCAUAAGAAGAAGAAGAAGAAGACAAAAAUGGGAAGAUUACCUGGAGGUGAUCUCCCAAAAGAUUGUGAUUGAUUCGAAACCUAAACGCAAACUCAUAAAUCGAACAUGAAAUAUCAAAGCCAAAACUUCUAAUAUUAAACAUCGUAACUUCAUCUUUAGACACGACUAAAAAUGCAAAACCCUGGCCGCAGGCCAUUCGCCUGUUAUUCCGCAAGAUACAUUUGAUUAUACUUGAGAUGCAAGAACUUUUUGAACAACUUUUAAACCUUAUAUUCCCGAUGCAACAAGUAGAAGACGUGACGAAGAAGACGCCACGCGGCAAUGACACCCUCGAGCCGUUUCUCCGAAAGAACGUCAAGGCCGUUUUACUUUUUUCAACUAUACAAUGCGAGUAAUCUAUCUCCUGAAAAAAUCACUUUCAUUUGAGUCUUAUUCCCAAUGCAAUCUGACUUUCUUCUCAUCGGUUUUAAUAGAUUUUUAUUUUCACGAUCAACUGUAAACUACAUGUAAUAGUACAUUUCAUUUUUAUAGUAUUUCAAAAAUCGCAAUUUUUAUUUUUCUAUCGCUAUGGUUUGUCAACAUUUAUUAUCACAUAUACAUUUUGCAUUUGCUCAGUUUUUCACACGACUGCAGGGUCGUAGAGGUCAUUUCAGUUUCACAUCACUAGAGAAGUAGUUCAUGCGUGUAUCCCAUGCAGUAUACUGUAGUACUUGUGCUAGAAAGCAUCCGAAAAAUAAGUAUUCAACCCCGAGCACUAUCCGAAAAAAUAGAAAAACUCCCUUCCUUUUUAAAAACAGUUUGACAGGGCCGAGGUGGCGGGAUGUUGGGGAUGGCAUGACAGUUAUUCUUUUCAGCAUCUCGUCUCAGUCACGAGGAGGAAAUAAAGGUGGUCCUAGAUCAUGAAAAAAUUAUCCUGUUUUAUUGGAAGCCCCACUGUUUAGAAAGUUAUCAACCCCUUUAUUUGAUGCUUGACAAGCACGACGCUAUUGAGAUCUUGACGACGACGAAGAACGAAGUGGACAGGCCGCUCCUGCGCUUGUCUCUAGUUUGCUACGAGAAGUAAAAUAGACACCCGCUUGACCAUGUAUCUCCCCGUGAGCGUGACACCUUGCCGUGCCUGAUUUUAUUGUUGGAAUCAAGUAGUACUAGCUUUAGUGCCGCGCCGAGGGGUGGUCAGUGGUCUCUCGUAGUACCACCGCAUCAGACGCAGAGAAAAUAAAGCACUACAGUAAUAUUUCAGCAAAUCAGCUCAUCUCAUAUGGCACAGAAAAACCACACGGAGGUUGUUGCAUGUAGAAGCUUUUUU